AAUCCUUGGCGGCGUCCCCUGGCCAUUACCUCAUUCCCUGGCCUCGUUCUCCCCAGUCCCGGCCUCUCCAGGGGUGUGGCAGCAGGGCUGUUCUCGCGACUUUUGCUUUACCCUUCUGCUGUGCUACUGCUGUCGCGAGACUUCCUGCUCAUCUGCCGCUCCCUUUGCCGCCGCCUUAGCCCGGGACCCGAACCCAGCCUCUCCCCUAUCCGAACACCGGCCCCGGCUCCUCCGAGGCAACGGUCCCCCAGCCCCGUCUCGCCGCCGCCAUGGCGGACCCUAAAUACGCCGACCUUCCCGGCAUUGCCAGGAAUGAGCCAGAUGUUUAUGAAACCAGCGACCUACCUGAGGAUGAUCAAGCGGAGUUUGAUGCGAUCUUCAAGACACUGCUGGAGUAGAUGCUACUGGAGGACUAGAGUGUGCCCCCCAGGCCACAGCCUUGGAGAGGCUCCAGAGGAUGCCAGCGCCAGGAGGAGCUGACAAGCACAAGUGUGGAACACAUCAUUGUCAAUCCUAAUGCUGCCUAUGACAAGUUCAAGGACAAGAGAGUGGGGACAAAGGGACUUGAUUUCUCAGAUCGUAUUGGAAAAACCAAGAGGACAGGAUAUGAAUCUGGAGAAUAUGAGAUGCUUGGAGAGGGUCUGGGAGUGAAGGAGACACCCCAGCAAAAGUACCAGCGCCUACUGCAUGAGGUCCAAGAACUGACAACUGAAGUUGAAAAAAUCAAGACGACAGUGAAGGAGUCAGCCACAGAGGAGAAGCUGACCCCUGUGGUGUUGGCUAAACAGCUGGCAGCCCUGAAGCAGCAGCUGGUUGCUUCCCACCUGGAGAAGCUGCUGGGACCAGAUGCUGCAAUCAACCUUACUGACCCUGAUGGCGCCCUGGCUAAGCGCCUACUGCUGCAGCUGGAAGCAACGAAGAACAGCAAAAGUGGCUCAGGGGGAAAAACCACUGGGACCCCCCCAGAUAGCAGCCUUGUCACUUAUGAACUACACUCUCGGCCUGAGCAGGACAAGUUCUCUCAAGCUGCCAAAGUCGCAGAACUUGAAAAGCGCCUGACAGAGCUGGAGGCAGCUGUACGUUGUGAUCAGGAUGCUCAGAAUCCCCUUUCUGCAGGUCUACAGGGAGCCUGUCUCAUGGAGACUGUAGAGCUGUUGCAAGCAAAGGUGAGCGCCCUGGACCUUGCAGUUUUGGAUCAAGUAGAGGCUCGGCUACAGAGUGUCCUGGGAAAGGUGAACGAGAUUGCCAAGCAUAAAGCCUCUGUGGAAGAUGCAGAUACACAAAGCAAGGUGCACCAGCUAUAUGAAACUAUACAGCGCUGGAGCCCCAUUGCCUCCACCCUCCCUGAGCUGGUGCAGAGACUUGUCACCAUCAAGCAGCUGCACGAGCAAGCCAUGCAGUUUGGUCAGCUCCUGACACACUUGGAUACCACCCAGCAGAUGAUUGCUAAUUCCCUGAAGGACAAUACCACCCUCUUGACCCAGGUGCAGACAACCAUGCGUGAAAACCUGGCCACAGUUGAGGGGAACUUUGCCAGCAUUGAUGAACGGAUGAAGAAGCUGGGAAAGUGAGCACAUUUGGGAGCUGGAGAACAGGGGUAAUCCCUACCCCUGUGAACUGUUAACAGCUUACAUAGGGUUUCCCCUUUACUAUAACUCUAGCAUCCCCAUCCCAUUUGACACUGGGGGCAAGGGUUCUUCUUGCAUGUGGGGUUUAUACUCCUCCCCUGAUGAAUAGAGUGGUAGCUAGGGGUUGGUUAUUAGAAGGUGGUCUCCCCUCAGGCCUGGGGGAUAAGGACGUGGGACCAGCCACAUGCCAGCUCAUGUCCAAUACUGCUUUGCCUGGUGUGGGGAAGGAUUGGGUCUUGUCCUCCAACACAGCUUCUGUGGCUGACUGUAAUACCGUACAACUGUUUCUGACCAUUAAAUGCUGUUGUACUCUGUGUGGCCUCUGCUGUGUUUCCUGGGGAGGAAGCAGCACCAGGACACAGGCAUUCAUCGUAACAGGCAAUCUAAGCCACUCUAUACUACAACAGAUGGAUUUAAAUUGUAACCUGUUCUUACCAAAGAACUAAAUAAAAAAGGAGUACAGAGCCAGA